UUUGUUUUAGAAGAAGUAUUAGAAGCAAUAUUUCCAAUUACUUGUAUGGUUCGUGUCUAUAAACAAUUGAAUUAUUUUUUUCUACAGCUUCAAUAAAAACCAUUGAAAAACAGAUAGAAUUUAUGAAUAUCUUAAUUAUGAGUCCGGAUAUUACGGCGAACGAUGCCCAGGUUCCAGAAAUGCCAGAAUCUACAAAAAGCGAAAUGAGUGAAUCUAGCGAAGAAAUUAAUUUUCAAAAUAGAAGCAUCGAAGAUGAAAUUUUUGUGAAAGACAGUUCAGGUACGGAAGCCAGUGUUUCUGAGGAAGACGAUAACUCCUGCGAAAACGAAAUGAUAAUUGACGUACAAAACGAUAUCAAAGACAACAGUGAGUUUCAACAAAAUGGUGAUUGUGCUGCAACAUGUGGCAAUAUCGGUUCAAGCGACGGAAGCCAGGCAGUGGAAAAUCAGAAGGACCAAAAGUCAGUCAGCGACAGUACAAGUCCUCCUUCGAACAAAUAUGGAAAGAAGCCACCUUAUUCGUACAAUGCAUUGAUAAUGAUGGCCAUCCGCCAAAGUCCACAAAAACGCUUGACACUAAGUCAGAUUUAUCAAUUCAUCACAACAAACUUCCCGUAUUAUAAGGAAAACAAACAGGCAUGGCAAAAUUCGAUUCGUCAUAACCUCUCUCUCAACAAAUGCUUUGUAAAAGUUCCACGACAUUAUGAUGACCCGGGAAAGGGCAAUUAUUGGAUGUUGGACCCAUCCAGUGACGACGUAUACAUUGGCAGCAGCACUGGUAAAUUGAGAAGACGAAGUUCAAGUGCAUCUCAAGCAAGGGGUCGCUUGGCACUUCGUCGACGUGCGUUCGCUCAAGUUUUUGGCACAAACGCGUUUGCAGGAGCACUCGGAGGAUUCUCAGCUCACGGAAACCGCCUUGGGUUGCCUGUUCCAGCAACAAUUCCUUCGGCAUUUCCACCGCCACUUGGUAUUUUUCCGAGACCCAUGCAGAUGCCGUCAAACUAUAGCAAUCCCGAAUACACAUCCAACGCUCUCGGAAACGGCUCCACCGAUGCGGACAAUAAAUUAGACGAGAUGCUUCGCUGUACGACACAAGAACAACAAGCUCAAGUGCUACAAAAGCAUUUAUCGUUGAAAUCUCUUUCACCAAAAGAGCAGACGAUACCACAGCAUGAAUUGUUACCAAACAAUGUGCAAUUUUGGAAUCUUGCGUCUGCGUUACAAGCUUCUCGUGAACGGGCACCUGGAAUCAGUUACGCAUCUACCCAGCUGUCAGGGGCAAUUUCACCCCCUAGCGUGGGUGCCAUGACGUCCCAUCCAUUCUCAUUAAUAACACACAAUAAAAAGUCAUCGAUCGAACUACCAACUACUCAAAACGAUCGUUCUCCAUUAUUUGACGAUACAACUGAGGGACAGAAAAUUCACAAUGAAGAAUUCCUACCACCGCUCUCUACAUCAGCAGAUACAGAUAUGAAAAAGAAAAGUAAUAACGAAGAUUCGCCAAAAGAAAAUUUUCAGAGAUUUUUUAUCAAUGCCAAAAAGAACAAAGAACCUGAUUUGAGCUACGAAAAGAGCAGUCCGCCAACAUCUCCUGUGGUACAGCGUCGACCAAGCAGCGAAACAAUAAAAAGUCCAACUUAUGCAACACCAAAACCUUCAUUCCAUCCAUAUAAAUCAAUGGCUGAAUUGAUACUAUCGCCUAAUUCAUAUCCAAUCCCAACGAAUCAUGCACCACUAAAACCAACACCAUCUUUUACCUCAAGUUAUUUAGCUGAUGCAGCAACAAUACUUUCACAACAAAAAGCUAUGCUCGGGUUAUCCGCUCUAUCUCCUUUGUAUUUUCCUUAUGUAACCCCAGAAAUGGCUGCAGCGGCCGCCGCGUACAAUGCGCGUGUUAGUGCGUUUUCCUCCGAGGCUCAGCGUCAUUAUACUCCGUCGUUAUUUAACCCGUUUUCAUAUUCUUUAGGCCAUUCGUCGGGUUUUCAUUAUCCCAAUCCAGUUAUAUCUACCACACCCUUCGGUCGCAACAAAUCAAACUAGUGAGUUUUGUAGCAUUAUAACAUGUCAAGAAAAGUCCAUUUUGAAUUUUUGAUUGUUUCCAGUAUUUAUUCUCGUGUUUUAUUUUUGUUUCAAUAUGAAUUUUUCUUACUUGCUUUUAUUUGGCGUUUUGUUUUCAGUGUCUAUCAUAUUAUUAAGAAAAUAAAUGCUGAAAAUUA